ACUUAUAAUAAUUAAUAAUGAAUUCACCAGUCAACCGUUUAGACACUGUUUUUACUUUUGGAGAUUUUGACGAGACUAAUAUCUCAGAUGAAAUCUCUUCUGAAGGAGUCAGUGCUCCUUCUCAAGGUAGAGAAACUGUAGGAGCUAGAUCAAUGGGCAGCUCUCCUUUUGCAAAACUAAAUAGAGGAGUAUCCAAAAAUAGUUCCCCUUUUAUGAAAGGAAAGAAAACUAUUGGAAGACUCUGGUCAGAGGAAAUCGAUGAAACCUGUAAUGUUAAGAAGAAGAGUCAAAGAUUUGUAUCUGCAACACAGAAGGAAAUUAGUGUUCUUCUCCAGAAGCUAGCUAAAGUCAGAGCAAUGAAUUCAUCACUAUAAAUGGAGUGUUCUUAAAAGCCAAAGAAGUUCUAAAGCAUGGAGUGUGCUUAGAAUUUAAUAAUAUUUCUUAAUAAUCAACUUUUGAUA